AAUGUUGCCCAGGUGGCCAAUAAAAGCCGCUGGAGAUAAACUCGCUUUAAUUGAGAAGGACGUAACGUUCUCCUUGGACACUGCUCUGGUCAGGUCUUUGACCCCCCCGAUGAAGGGCAUAAAAACACUCACGAUGGGAAAACAUUCAAUUCCUCGACGGGUGUCCGUUCUCUAAGGGUCAUAAAUCAAUCAAUGCUUACACCAGGUACAUGUGAUCUUUAGGAUCAUAAAUCAAUUAGUCUUGGGUUUGUCCUAAAUCACAAAUUUACGACUGUACAUAUGUCCAUUAUACUCCACUCUCUUGGAGUACCCGGAGAAAACCCACGCAGGCACAGGGAGCACAUGCAAACUCCGCACAGGCCAAAGUGCAUUUGAACCCGGGUCCUCAGAACUGUGAGGCCGGUGCUAACCAGUCUACCAUUUGGAGUCCACACGUUUCCUCUUUGAGGGUCAUAAAUCAAUCUGUUUUGGCAUUGUCAUGGGAGUGCCAUAAAUUAUUCAAGGGUCACACAUGUAUGUUUUGACAUAAUUCAUUUUUCUGUCCAAUUAUGCUGUGCUUAGGAGUCAGCGUCAACAGUUUUGAUAACUUCAUUCACAUUCAAAUUUGAUGUUAUUCUCUGUGCUUUUAAGGAAUCCAGGCAGAAUUUGACAUCGUUUUUUAUGGCAUUAAUUGUCCCGCUCCUUUUGAUCUUUUGACACUUUUGCUACUUAAUUGGGAAAUGGCAGCGGGAGGUGUUACAAAUCCCUCUGUUUUGACACAAGCGCGUCACUGUCUAUUUUCUGAUGACGUUGUUGUCUUCAGCUGUGGUCUUUCCAAAUCCAAAUCUACUUCCUGAUUGGCUGCCAUUCAGGGAUUAGGCUCCAACAUGUGGUUAAAUCUGGUCAGAUCGCUUACGUAAUCCCGAGAGUGCUUCUUCAAGUUAAAAAAAAAAAACACCGCAAGCGUCAACAAAUGGAAGACUAUCAUAAUAAUAUCCAUCCAUCCAUCUCGCGGGCGUGCUGGAGCCUAUCCCAGCUAUCUUCGGGCGAAAGGCAGGGUACACCCUGAACUGGUCGCCAGCCAAUCGCAGAUAAGAAUAAGAAUAAUAAUAAUAAUCCAAAAGGCUAUUAAUGCGUUGUUUUCAUCUUUAUUUAUUUAUUUCUCAGUUGAGAAGGAUAAGUUGGUGAGGGAACGGGUUCCAUUGGCCAAAAAUCAGAGGAUUACGCUUACAUAAACACUCUUAUUUCACUUAUCAAGUGCGCUUGCAUAAUAAUUGUUAUUGCGCCAUCUGGGAAUGACAUCAGUUACAAGCAACAAUCACUAUUCCUAUUAACGCAGAUACAAUUAAAUAUGCUGUCACCUUUAACGUUCACAACCCAGACAUUAUCAAUCAAUCGCAUAUCGACAGGAACGUUUUUGGGCUAACUGGGAUGUAAUAUUAAAUUAGCUGGUGAGAGAAAAAAACAGGAUGAGAUGAGAUUUAAAGUCAUCACGACAACAUUUAAAGUCAACUUUAAAUGACUGUAAAGGGAUUUAAAUUUAAAUCUAUCUAUCUAUCUAUCUAUCUAUCUAUCUAUCUAUCUAUCUAUCUAUCUAUCUAUCUAUCUAUCUAUCUAUCUAUCUAUCUAUCUAUCUAUCUAUCUAUCUAUCUAUCUAUCUAUCUAUCUAUCUAUCUAUCGUUACUACAUUCAUAAUUUGCAUUGGCUAGGUUUUCUGGCUGUUGAUUGGCUCAACCUGCUGUCAGCAUGUCACUUUGCGCAUGCGCAUUAAGGCAGGAGGCUGUCUGGGCGGGCGUGGUCAGUUUCUAGGAGCGGCCUGGCCGGCCUCCUUCGCUCCCUCGCUGGGCAUCUUUGCCCUCCUCUGCCCCGCUUCUCAUGGAUCUUUCUACCUCAGAGGCUUAGCGGCCAGUGAACAGUACACUCGAUGCAGGAUGUUAUGGCGGAAAAGACGAAAAUGAUGCCCUGAUGCUGCAGUGACAGUUAGCGGCUAGGACCGCUAGACGCUGACAUGAAGAGGGUGAUCAGCUUCCACAGAUUUAUGAACAGACGGCCCUCCGCUAACUGUCGCUACCAGCCCACCUGCUACGAGCACGCCGCUAACUGCUACACGCAUGCAUUCCUGAUCGCGCCCGCCCUGUUGGGCAUGGCCCUGCUGCACCGGCUGUCGGCCACCAACUGGCAGUGCGUGACAGCGUGGGUGUACGGCCUGGGCCUCAGCGCCCUGUUCCUCGUCUCCACCGUCUUCCACGUUGUCACCUGGAAGAAGAGUCACAUGAGGGAGGUGGAGCACUGUUUCCACAUGUGCGACCGAGUCGUCAUCUACGUCUUCAUUGCCGCCUCCUACACGCCGUGGUUGAACCUCCGCGAGCUGGGCCCCGUGGCGUGUCACAUGCGUUGGUUCGUGUGGCUGAUGGCCGCCAGCGGAACGUUCUACGUGUUCAACUACCACGAAAAGUCAGAUGACGCGCACUCUCCUCAAAACGACUUCAAUCAUUCGUCAUCGUCGCCAAUCCAUUGUGAGCAUUACCAAUUGCGUUGCAGGUACAAAGUGGUGGAGCUGGCCUUCUACCUGACUAUGGGCUUCCUCCCGGCGUCCGUCGUCACUUCCAUGAACACGACGGAGGGUUUCCCGGAGCUGGCGUGCGGCGGCGCCCUCUACUGCGUGGGUGUGUUUUUCUUCAAGAGCGACGGCGUCAUUCCGUUCGCUCACGCCAUCUGGCACGUCUUCGUGGCGCUGGCGGCCGCCGUGCACUACUACGCCAUCUGGAAGUACCUCUACACUCCGCUCGCCGGCGACGACCACGACGCCCUCGUCCAAUACUGAGCCGACGGCCCCCGCAACUGCCUCAAACAAGAAAAAAUGUUUACCGCUUUCGUACACGGAACAAUUGUUUUUAACACCAACUUUUCUAUACACUCAGUCAUUCCAGGGCAAGGCGACCAAUCAUGCUGAGGAAAAACACUGAUGAGUGGGAGUUUAGUUGGUUAGUGCGUCUGUUAGCAGGUUGCGCUAACCUAUGGGUAGAGAAAAUGGAAUUCCAAGGUGUUUCUUUGUCUGGAUCUUUCAAAAUGGCCAUUCCACGCCCUGGCAACCAAUCAAACGCAUGAUCAGGAAAGGCUAUCACCUCUGGUGGUUUGGUUUGUUAGCAAAGGUUUUGCUAACCUCUCCAAGCAGGAACAAAAUAACAAAUAUCUGAGCCGAUUGUCUUUCUGGAUAUUUCGAAAUGGCCGUUACACAGGCAGGCGACCAAUCAUACACUUGGAAAAACAUCAUGAUGGAGUACUGCCUUCACCUGUGGCAAUUUGGCUUGUUGCCGGGGAGAAAAAAAAGAAGGCUGAACUUGAGGCUUUUGUCGGUCUGGAUAUUUCAAAUCGGCCAUUCCGCAUCUCAGUGACCAAUCGCAUGCUGAGAAAGGUUGGCUAGCGCAUCUGGCAGCAGGUUCCGCUAACCUUCGUCUGAGCUGUGUUUCUUUUUUUUUUUUUUUUAAAUGGCCAUUCCACUGCCCGGUGACCAAUCACACGGAGAAAAAUCCCAUUGGUGGGAGAGGGACUUCCUGAGAGGACUUGUUGAGGGGAAAAGAAAAAAAAAAAAAAAAAAAAAGGAGACCGUUAGUUUUUCUUGGGUGUGGGGGUUACAUUUGAAGGGUUGGCGCCCCUUGCUGGUGUUUUUCUGCAUUUGAAAAGAUUGAUAGUGUUUAUGAACACCACUUUAGUAUUUAUUCCACAUCCUACUAGGGCACUGAAUCCUCCAUGUACUAGUGCACUCUUAAUACACUUCAGCGCACGAGUAGAACAUCAUAGUACGUAAUUAAAUCUUACUGGUCAACUACUGUGCUGCACUCUUAAAAAGGCCUACUACUGCCUUUUACUACUGUAUGACAUCACACUAAUAGGACAACUGCCAUACUAGAAGUGCAUAUUACUAGUGAGGCAUAACUGCAUGAGUUGACAAUUGUGCUACUAGUACUACUAAUGGUGAAAACUCUACUAGUUAGUAGAGUGGUCUAGUUACCAUCUAUCGCUUCACUAAUAGUAGUAGUAGCGCGCAGUUGUCAACAAGUGCAGUUUUGCCUCAUUAGUGACAUGUUCUAGUGUUCCCUAGUUCUAGUGUGCUGAAUUGUCUUACUAGUGAGGAGAAAGAGCGUGCUAAUACAUGGACAACUCAGCACACGAGAAGAACGACUAAGGUACACUAGUACGAACACUACAUGUUCCUAGUAAGGCAAAACUGCACUAGUUGAUAACCGUGUGCUCAUAUGACUAGUGAAAUAAAAUUCAGUUAGUUAAUAUCUAGUGGUUCACUAGUAGUACUAGGAGUGUGCCUAUGGCAACUCGUGCCCAGUUUUGCCUCACUAGUAAGGUGGUAGUUCUGCUCGCGUGCUGAAUGUACUUAGCAGUAAGGGCAAAAUGCACACUAGUGCACAGACAAUUGAGCGCGCUAGUAGAAUGUGGAAUAAACACUCAAGUGGCUCUCCGGAGGUUUUAUUAUUUGAUGAGUGGUCACGUUUGUCACGUGGAUGUCACUUCCUGUGUGUGUGUGUGUGUGUGUGUGUGUGUUUUGUAAGUUCCUGGCCUUCCCACUGCCGUUUUCUCUUUGUGGUGCUACUAUCUUCUCUAAAUUAAAAGCAUAUCAACAACCAAACAA